UUCGCAUAGUUAAGGACCUAUUUCUGUGAUUUUGUGGAAGUUUAUAGGACGGCACGGCGGCGGAGUGAGUUGAUAAGAAGAAAAUGGCGUCGGGGAUAUUAUCAAGGUCUCUGUCUCUUCUCAAGUCUUCCACUUUCUUACUCUCCACAAAGCAGCCCCAAUUGUUUUCUUCUUCAUUCAAUCAGAAGAAAACAUUCUACUGCCAAUCUGCACCAACCUAUUUCUCUUACAAGCUGGUGGCUUCUGUUACAUGUCGCAUGAAUUCAUCAAGGCUCGCAACAUUCUCAACACAAUCUGUUUCCUCUAAUGAACCUGUUGUUUCUGUUGACUGGCUCCACGCAAACCUUAAACAGCCUCAUAUAAAGGUACUGGAUGCAUCUUGGUACAUGCCAAACGAGCAGAGAAAUCCUCUUCAAGAGUAUCAGGUUGCACAUAUUCCUGGAGCACUCUUCUUUGAUGUAGAUGGUAUAUCCGAUCGUACUACAAAUUUGCCUCAUAUGCUGCCAUCUGAAGAAGCAUUUGCUGCUGCUGUAUCUGCUCUUGGAAUUGAGAACAAAGAUGGGGUUGUUGUCUAUGAUGGGAAGGGAAUCUUUAGUGCAGCUCGUGUAUGGUGGAUGUUUAGAGUUUUUGGACAUGACAGAGUUUGGGUUCUAGAUGGUGGCUUGCCAAGAUGGCGUGCUUCUGGAUAUGAUGUCGAAUCCAGUGCAUCUGGUGACGCAAUUUUGAAAGCUAGCGCUGCCAGUGAAGCAAUAGAGAAAGUAUAUCAACGACAGGCUGUUGCACCUAUUACCUUUCUGACCAAAUUUCAACCACAUCUCGUCUGGACCCUUAAUCAGGUUUGGAAGAACAUUGAAGAGACAACAUAUCAACAUAUAGAUGCUCGAUCCAAAGCUAGGUUUGAUGGUGUUGCACCAGAGCCUCGUAAAGGAAUAAGAAGUGGUCAUGUACCUGGGAGCAAGUGCAUUCCUUUUUCCCAGAUGCUUGAUGGUUCUCAGACACUAUUAUCUAAUGAAGAGCUCAAGAAAAAAUUUGAUCAGGAAGGUAUCUCUUUGGACAAACCUAUAGUAACUUCCUGUGGCACUGGAGUAACAGCUUGCAUACUUGCCUUGGGCCUCCAUCGACUUGGAAAGACUGAUGUUCCAGUCUAUGAUGGUUCGUGGACAGAAUGGGGAGGGCAUCCAGAUGUACCAGUCUCCACAUCUGAAGCAUAGAUUCUACAUGCUUUGAACAAGUGCUUCUACAUAUGACUUUACAAGGUCUACUUUGUCUGUUUAAUUUCUUGUUGGUGAAUAUGACAGCAGGUGUUGUAUCAUGGAAUAAUGAAACAAUAUGAUAUUCAAAGUUAGUUAUGACACAUAAAUAUGUCCAGAGUCUCAUAGUGCGGGAAGCCAAAUUUGAGGGUCUGGAGACGAGUUGGCAAUGGAUUGUUAUCCUGUCAGGACUUAUUUGCAACAUUGUUAUGUUAGGGACUUGAGACCUGAUUUUGAGAGAAAGAGAUAGUCGUGCAUUGGCCAGUUUAGAGGUAUUGUUUCCCAACUAUUAUUGGUCAAGUUGUUGAAGUUGAUGAGGAGUCGAAUUUUUCUGA